AUGAGCUGGAUUUCAAUCCCAACGGCUAUUGUGUCGUUCAUUUUCAGCGCUACAAUUCAAUUACUGUCCUAUUUGCUCUCACCCCUUCUUUUCCUCCUAUCGCCGGUUAUCUACCUCGGACGGCUUGCUUUAUACAUAACUCUGCUUCCAUUGCGCAUCUUGAUCAGAUUAGAGGCGUUCAUCUACUUCAUGACAGGGGCUGUUCUUAUCGGAGCAACUAUAGGCAUGUUCCUAUACUUCACCGGAACUGGUCUGUCGCAUGCUCUACUGAUUGAUGGCUCAGAUGAGCCGCGCCGACGUGCCGUGAAACGUGAGGCUAUAGAUCCAGUACCACAAGAACCGCCCUUCGACUAUCUCGACGUGAAGAUAGAAGAUCAAAGAUACUUGCCUUCAACAAUAUUGGAGGAAGAAGAAACCAGCUAUGACUCUGAAUGA